AUGGAGAAAAUAAACUUCUCGGGAGGAGAACCGUUUCUUCAGGACAGAGGCGAAUUUGUAGGCAAACUAGUCCAGUUUUGCAAGCAGGAGUUGAAGCUACCGAGCGUCAGCAUCGUUAGCAACGGCAGCCUGAUUAGAGAAGGGUGGUUCAAGAAGUACGGUGAAUAUUUAGACAUUCUGGCGAUUUCAUGUGAUAGUUUUGAUGAGGAUGUCAAUGUUUUAAUCGGCCGUAGUCAAGGAAAGAAGAACCAUGUGGAAAAUCUGCAUAAACUGAGAAACUGGUGCUGCCAGUAUGCUGUUGCUUUCAAAAUAAAUUCAGUGAUCAACAGAUUUAAUGUUGAGGAAGACAUGAAUGAGCAGAUCAAGGCACUCAACCCCGUGCGCUGGAAGGUAUUCCAGUGCCUGCUCAUCGAAGGGGAGAACAGUGGUGAGGAUGCCCUGAGAGAAGCAGAGAAAUUUGUUAUCACCGACGAAGAAUUUGAACAAUUCCUGGAUCGACACAAAGAUGUCUCCUGUUUGGUACCUGAAUCUAAUCAGAAGAUGAGGGAUUCGUACCUCAUUCUGGAUGAAUACAUGCGUUUUCUAAACUGUAGAAAUGGACGGAAAGAGCCUUCCAAGUCUAUCCUAGAUGUUGGUGUAGAAGCAGCUAUAAAAUUCAGUGGAUUUGAUGAGAAGAUGUUCCUAAAAAGAGGAGGAAAGUAUGUGUGGAGCAAAGCAGACAUGAAACUGGACUGGUAA